UAUGGUCCAAAGGAGUGCAGCCGCUUGUGUUCAUCCUCAAGUCUCACGUUUUCAGGUGCACACAGUUUUUGGUAUACAAUUCACUUGCGACACUGUGUUGACGCUGGUUCUGUACCGUAUACUGAAACAUAUUGAGUUUGAUGCUUUCGCCGAAUUGUCAAGAAGUAUCAAUGUAACUUUUAGAAACGAUGGCUGGAGUGUUUGAUAUAGAGCUACAUGAAGAAGAUGUUGAACAAGACUCUGAAGAUGAUAUAACGAUAGAGGGCCCAUAUGAUCCACAUCUGAAUAUAAAUGACAUCACAGAGUCUGAAGGUGUAGAGACUGUGCAGCUUUCAGAACAGAAUGUUAAUCCCGGUAGUGAGAAGACUGGUCCACAAGACUUUGAGCUUCGAAAAGUGCUUGGUAAAGGUGGUUAUGGUAAAGUGUUUCAGGUUCGGAAGGUGACAGGUAAAGAUGCUGGUACCAUAUUUGCCAUGAAAGUGUUGCGGAAAGCUUCUAUUGUCCGAAACCAAAAAGACACUGCACAUACAAAGGCUGAGAGAAAUAUACUGGAAGCUGUGAAGCAUCCAUUCAUUGUGGAGCUGAUGUAUGCAUUCCAAACUGGAGGCAAACUGUAUCUCAUACUGGAAUACCUUAGUGGUGGGGAACUCUUCAUGCACUUGGAGCGUGAGGGUAUAUUUCUAGAAGAUACUGCCUGUUUUUAUCUGUCCGAAAUAAUUCUGGCAUUAGAACACUUACAUAUACAAGGAAUCAUUUAUAGGGAUCUGAAGCCGGAAAAUAUUCUGUUAGAUGCACAGGGACACGUAAAACUGACAGACUUUGGUCUGUGUAAGGAACAUAUCCAAGAAGGCAUAGUGACACACACAUUUUGUGGCACAAUUGAGUAUAUGGCUCCAGAAAUCCUAACACGAAGUGGACAUGGAAAGGCAGUAGACUGGUGGUCACUGGGUGCAUUGAUGUAUGAUAUGUUGACGGGAGCGCCACCAUUCACAGCUGAGAACCGCAAGAAAACAAUAGAAAAAAUCUUGAGGGGGAAACUAGUUUUACCACAGUACCUUACACCUGAUGCUCGGGAUCUGAUACGCAAGCUCCUUAAGAGGCAAGUGAACCAGCGACUGGGUUCAGGUCCAGGAGAUGGUGAAGCCAUAAAAAUGCACCCCUUUUUCCGGCAUAUCAAUUGGCUUGAUGUGCUUGCACGGAAAUUGGAACCACCAUUCAAGCCUUCUUUGAGUAGUGAAGAUGAUGUAUCCCAAUUCGAUACAAAGUUUACGAAGCAGACACCAAUUGACUCACCAGACGAAUCCACUCUGAGUGAGAGUGCUAACCUUGUAUUCCAGGGAUUCACUUACGUGGCACCUUCAGUACUAGAAGAGAUGUACAAGCCACCACGCAUUGUGAAAGCCAGAUCACCCAGGAAGUCUGCAUUUCCUGCUCCAUCACUUAGACAGCCUUUCAGCCCCAGGCACAAUCAUCAUUUAGCUCCAAAUUUUGGCUUCCACCAAAGACCAGCAACAAAUGACUACCCCAUGGGAACUCCCAGCCAAGAUGAGAUGAUGGAGGCCUAGGCUGUUUUGACGCACUUCAUUUGAUUCUGAGUUGUGUUCAUUCAGUGCUUAUCAUUCUGGUCAGCCACUUUCGAUCAUUGGAGCAUGAACUACCUGUCUACACAGAGGUUGGUAACAAUCGCAUAGUUGCACUAUCUUCUCUGGUGCUCCUUCUGCUCUCUCUGAAUGUUUGAAUUCAGAAUUUCAGCCAUGUAAUGAUAUGCUUGGAAUUAAGACCCUCUUUAGUUAAUAGAAGCAUGGAAAUUUGUGUCACGAUGGCUAUGUAAAUUAUUGUCACAGAGAAUGGACGCUGUCUCGUACAUUAUUUUUUACAAUGCUUGCACAGAAGAUUUUUGUAAAUAAAAAAAACUUUAUCUUAUCUGUAAAUGUAACCAUUCUGAGGGGCAGUAGGAUGUGGUUAACAUGUGAGAUUCUGCAACUCUUCCCCAGCUCUGUCAGUAACAUUCAGGAAUGUAUAUGUCGACACACAUUGUCAGAGCAUGUAUACCAGUGCCACAGCCUACUCAAGCUAAGCUCAGGGAUGUAUAUCUUUUGGUAACCUCUAUAUGCAGUUCCAGUAUCAAAGGAAAAAUUUACCACAUUUUUUCCUGAAAAGCUGCAGUUAUGUGACUUGCGCUGAAUAGCACAAUUGGAUAUGAGCCAGCACCAUUCAUUUUUACAUUUGUACAUUUCCAGCAUUGCAUAAUAUCUGCAUUUCUAAAAGGUUACUGUUUCUAAUACGUAAGUGAAACUAUAAAAUUGUGCAUCCUGUCCAAGGAUAUUCUGUUGACAUAGGGAAUGUAAUUGUGUAACUGAACUGUAGAUGUAUGUUUUGAAUUUUGUUUACCUCAUUUAUUUACAGAAUCAUCCUUUAUAAUUUUAUUGGAAUUUUGAAGUGAAUUCUAUAUACAUAUAUAUAAUUUGUUUUUAUUUUUAGUGUUUAUAUUUAUGACAAUAAUGUUAAAACAUGAAAAUGCCAUAUAAAGAGAACAAAGUGAAAAGUUAAAUCCUGUUGCUGAAUUAUUGUAAAUAAUUUUUUUACGAACUGGUAAUACCUCUUGAAGCAAUAAAGUUGUGUUCACCAGAAGGCAAUCAUUUUGUAUACAUGGUAUUGAGGGACAGAGAGAAAUCUAAUUUAUAACUGCAAAAAUAUUAGGAAUGUUCACACCUUUUUUUCUCUUCAGUGUAAUAGCGUUUAGAAUUCAGGGAUUUUUUUUCCUUUUGCUCAUUUUUAUGUUAUAAUGCAACUGAUAACUGAUGGAGUUUCAUCACAAUCUUCCAUAUGUUGUGAACCCAUAGAUACAACAGCAUUAUGUCACAGAGAGCAGUCACUUUUAGAACUGCCAAUUUAACUUUUUUAAAGCUAUUUGAAGUAUGUAACUUGUUAAAGAAAUGUGAAGAAGCUUC